AUGGAGAAUUAUAUGUGUCUUCUUGAGACCUUCCAGGAUGAGUGCUCAGAUACCACCACACUCCUGAAGCUGGCAAGGCAGGCUCUGCUGAGAGAUGAGACCUUGGACAUGUCAGCUCUGGACAAACUGCCCAUGGAGCUCUUGCCAGCACUGAUCAAGGAGGCCUUGACUGGCAGACACACUACAACUGUGAAGGCAAUGGUGGCAGCCUGGCCUUUCCCCUGUCUCCCUGUGGGGUCAUUGAUGAAGACUGCUGACUUGGAAACCUUCUAGGCAGUUCUAGCAGGAGUAGACACAUGGCUGCAAAGAAAGUUUUACCCCAGGAGGGGAAAACUUCAGGUUCUUGACCUGCGGAAGAAGCACCAUGAAUUCUGGAGCAUAUGGGCUGAUGCAGAGGAUGGUGACUGCUCAGCAGAGACCCUGGAUGAGCAGCAAGUAGUGAAGGUCCUUCCCAGAUAUGCACUGAGGCAGCGCCUGAAGGUGGUAGCUGACCUUUGGCUUAUGUAUUGUUUGAAUGAAAAGCAAGCAUUCUUCUUGCAGUGGGCCCACCAGAGAAAGGGUUCCAUACAGUUCUGUUGUAUGGAGAUGAAGAUCUGGGCUCUGCCUGUCUAUGUUAUCCAAGAGGUCUUCAAUGUCUUCCAUCCGGAGUACAUUGAGGAAUUGGAACUGAACAUGCUCAGUUGGGAUUUGUUAAAGCUGUUACAACUUGCUCCCUACCUGGCCCAGAUGAGAAAUCUUCGCAAACUAUUGCUGGCCUACAUCUUCAAGACUGUGUUCAUGAUUGGAAACAGAACAACAGACAGAGAAGAGAAGUGUUUCAGGAAUUUCAUUUCUCAGUUUUCCAAACUCAACUGUCUCCAGCACCUCUCCAUGAAUGGCAUGUACUUUCUUAGAGACCACCUGAAACAGGUUCUUGGGUGCCUUAUGACUCCAUUGGAGACCCUGUCCAUCACCUACUGCAGCAUUUCACAGUCAGACCUGAAUUACUUCUCUGGGUGUCCGAAGCUUUUUCAGCUGAAACUUCUGGACAUGAAAGGUGUGCGCUUAAAGGCUUUGGAUCUUAUGCUUCUCUAAGUCCUCCUAGAGAAUGUAGCAGACACUUUGCAAUCCCUGGACUUGAAGGUUUGUAGGAUGAAGGACUCUCAUCUCGCUGUGCUCAUACCUGCCCUCAGCAAGUGCUCCCAGCUGGCCAAGGUCAGUUUCUAUGACAAUGACUUCUCCAUGCACAACCUGAGGAACCUUUUUCAGCACAAAGCCAACAUGAGCAAGAUGAAUGUGGAACAGUACCCUGCCCCGCUGGAGUGCUAUGAUGAGUUGGGUUAUAUCUCCACAGAGAGAUUUACCCAACUCUGUGCUGAGCAAGUAGAUAGACUCAGGGCCAUAAGACAGCCCACGUACAUCUCCUUUGCUACAAAUAUGUGCCCUAGAUGUGAAGAACAUUGUGUCUAUGGCCAAGGAUUCAGACUCUGUCUUUGCCAACAGAGGUGCUUGAUGACCCCAUUGGCGACCCUGUCCAUCACUUACUGCUACAAUUCACAGUCAGACCUAAAUUACUUCUCUGGGUGUCCUAAGCUCAUUCAGCUGAAAUAUCUGGACAUGAAAGGUGUGGGCUUAAAGGCUUUGGAUCUUAUGCCUCUCCAAAGUCCUCCUGGAGUAUGUGGCAGACACCUUAAAGUCCCUGGACUUGAAGUGUGUAAGAUGAAAGACUCUCAUCUCACUGUGCUCAUACCUGCCCUCAGCAAGUGCUCCCAGCUGACCAAAGUUAAAGAUGCUGCUCGAUGUCUGCCAGAGAGACUGGUGCAACUAGUGGAUUACAUCAAGAAACAAGAUCAUUCCCCAAGUGAUGAUAUUGCUGAUCCUGCUGCAGCUGAUUCAUCCGUUGAAGUCUGA